UUUAACAUCGGUGCUUUACCUUUGAAAAGUUGACUUCCAUUCUUUUGAUGGAGUUCGCUUCUUCUUCAUCAUCGUCAUCUUCAUCUUUCUUGAAAUCAGAACCCCAUUUCAUAUACGAUGUGGUCAUCAACUUUGGGGGAGAAGACAUCGGUAGAAGGUUCCUUUCUCAUCUUCAUUAUGCCCUUUUACAAGCUCAAGUCAAAACUUUUACUAGCGAGGAAAAUGGUCAAGAGGGAACGAAGCUGGAAGAACACAUGCGAGCAAUAGCAGCCUCUAAGAUUGCAAUAAUCGUUUUCUCCAAAACAUAUGCUGAAUCUAUCUGCUGUCUUAUUGAGCUUGAAGAAAUCAUUGAAUGCCUCAAAACAUUUGGCCAAAUAGUUUUGCCCGUAUUUUACGAGAUUGAUCCAUUGGAUGUUCGUGAUCAGACAAACGAUUUUGGAAAAGCAUUGGGACAAACUGCAAACAAAAGUUAUUCAGGAGAACAACUGGAACAUGCAUUGUCCAGGUGGAGCCGUGCACUCGCCAUAGCUUCAGGUAUCACUGGUUGGGAUCUCAGAAAUUUUAGGCAUGAUGCUGAAUUUGUGGAGGUAAUUGUUAAUCGCGUUCAGACAUUACUGGACUAUAAAGACUUGUUUAUUACCCAAUUUCCUGUUGGAUUAGAGUUUCACGUGGAAAAGGUGAUUGGAUGUAUUGAAAAUCAUUCCACCAAAGUGUGUAUGAUAGGAAUAUGGGAAAUGGUAGGAUCGGGUAAAACCACCAUAGCCAAAGCCAUCUAUAAUCGAAUUUAUCAUUUAUUCAUUGGUAAGAGUUUUAUUGAAAAUCAUAGAGAAGUUUGGGAUCAUACAUGGCCUCUUCAUUUGCAAGAACAAUUUCUUUACGAUGUCCUAAAAUCCAAGUUCAGAUUGCAAACCACUUGGAUGGGAAGAAUUAUGAUCGAGAACGAACUUUGUCGAAAAAAGUUGCUCAUUGUGCUUGAUGAUGUGAAUGAGAUAGGCCAAUUACAAAACCUAUGUGGGAGUCAUCAUUGGUUCGGUAGAGGAACUGUGAUAAUCAUUACAACUAGAGAUGUUGACUUGCUGAACCGACUCAAACUUAAUUAUGUGUAUAGAAUGUCUGAUAUGAAGGAAAAUGAGUCCCUUGGUUGUCAUGGCUUUAGUGAAGCAAAACCAAGAAAAGACUUGAAUGAACUUGUAAGAAACGUAGUUGUUUAUUGUGGAGGACUACCACUAGCUCUAUAAGGUCCUUGGUUCCUUUUUAUGUGGUAGGACAGCGGAAUAGAGGAAAGGUCUAUCAUUGAAUAAUAGUUUAUAGU